AUGCCGCGGUUUAGGCUGGGUGGUUAUUUCAUGGAUUAUUCCACCGCUCGCAAAGUUGCCGAACAACUCGCCAUUGACAUCAGGCAAGGGCAGGGCUUCGCAGACUGGGAUGACCAGCACAUGGAGUGGCCCUUCAACGAUUGGCUGGCCAACAAUGGGCGACUCAAUGUCAAGGUAGCAGGAAUAAUAUCCCCUGAAACUGACAUCGAGGGUAUACUGUUCGUAUCUACGUUCCUUCACAUCGAGGACACCGACCCGGGCCCCCUCACGGAGACAGUGAACGAUUUGGCAGUACGGCAAUGGCUGGAGGAAUUAGGAGUGCUGGAUGGGAUACAGUGGAUUUCGAUGCCGGACACGCAGAGAAUCGCACUUGGGGACGUGCACCUACAAGGGUACCCCGCCAUUCUGGUUCGUUCCCAUUCUUUCUCAGCACAUGCACCACCGUCCACCAUUAGCCUAUACAUAUCCUCAACGCCUGCCAUGCCUCGUGGCUCUACCACUUACAAGAGAUUGCCGGUCGAAAAUACAGCGCGGCAUAAACAACUUUGGAUCGGUGUGGUUUUGAAGGCGCUUGAAGACCUCGACCCUCCUUUCAUGUCCCUCCCACGACGUAAACAACUUUGGAUCGGUGUGGUUUUGAAGGCGCUCGAAGACCUCGACCCUCCUUUUAUAUCCCUCCCACGACGUAAACAACUUUGGAUCGGUGUGGUUUUGAAGGCGCUCGAAGACCUCGACCCUCCUUCGAGGGUUCUUCAUAUCCCUCCUGCGGCGUAA